AUCUUGGUGAGGCCUGUGGAUGGCCUGAGUGCCGAACAGUCGAAGGUGUUUGUAUGAGAGUAAAUUUUUUGGAAAACUUAGUAAACUUCGUUUGCGUAUGUCUAAGAACGAUUUUACAAUGAAAAUCGUUAUUUCCACAAGUAGUAAAGUUUCUGAAAAUGCAUCGCUCCGCUGAUUUAAAUUUUUAAGUAAGCGGUAUCUAAUAUGCAUAAAAGCAAGCAUCUUUGCUUAAAACACGCCGCAGAGAUAUUUGCAUCUUAAGAAGCCCGCUCGAUCGACAAAUCUGGGUUGUUAUUAACAAUAUCGCAAGCAAUAAUGUUCUCUUCGCUCUUAAUAAAACCGUGUUCUGUACGCGCUGUGAACACAAUUGAGAGCGUUGGCCGAUCGAAAAUGUUUUACGUGGUAUACCUUUUCAUAUAUCGGAAUGACAUUAGUAAUCUCAAGUUUCACUAAAAAGUGUAAACAUUAAAGGUCAAAGAUACAAAAAUAGUCGUCAGAUUUUGACUCUGAAAGAAGAAAAAUUAACACCAAUUCUGUAUAGUUGAUUUCCAGAAUCACAUUUGAAUUUAUAACAAAAGCAAAUUGGUCUGAGAUGGCGAAAGGCAUCAAGUAUGUAAAAACGCGACUGAUAAACCCAAAAGGACAUUUUUAUUACUGUUGUUGAAAACCGUAAAGCACUUCCUUCAAGUGCACAUUGUUAUCAACUUCAAUCAGACAAAACCAUUUGGUUGCAGGCGAGACAGUUUCAGGCCCAGCUCAUUCUCAGUUGCAGUGCAAACAAAACGGUUGUUUAUUUAAAGGAACCAAACGUGCACAUAUUUGUGUACAAACGUACAAAAUAUGUGGUUACAUUCUCUUGCUUUUGUGGCAAUAUUGUUGCUCGGGUUAAAAACGAUUGCAACGUCGCAGGCUCAAGUGGCUGAAGUAAGUCGCAGCCCAAGAGCCAUUGACCUGAGCACGUUCGUACGUAAUUUGCUAUUGAAAAGUGCUGCAGCAAGCGACUUAAAGACCAACAUAAAAGCUACUCCGGUACCUAGAAGACGACCCGCUACAACGUUGCGGCCACAGCCGCAACGGGCACUACCCCUACCACCGCAAUCUAGGUAUAAUCCCAAUGUGUUUUUCCAGAAAUCAGGCUUUGGGUUUCCUUUUAAUUUUGGUUAUGGACAAUACGGAUUUAAUAAAUUCCCCAACUUCGUAUACAGCAACAAUGGGGGUGAAACAGUUCAACGUGCACCUAGACCACAGCCUACCAGAACAACUACUAUAACUACUACUACCACAACCCAAAGUCCACCUGCAACUCCCUCUCCUCCAUCUAGACGACCCAUAGUUUAUCGACCAAAAGGGCGGUUUGGAAAGCCAAAUUUUUUUUCAUAUGAUUAUAACUACGAUGAUUAUGAUUACGGAGAUCCCAAUCCCCCUACAGAUCCACCACCUUCAUCAUCACCGCCAUCUGCACUCCCUAUGACACCACCUCCAACAGCAGCCCCUCAGCCGAGACCGCGCCCCAGGCCAGGAAAAUAUUCUAGAUUAAGACCAACACAACUGUCGCCCCCCGCAACAGGUGAACCGCAAGCGUCGAGAGAAGCACCACCUCCAGCACCAGAAGAACCGCCAGCGCCAGCACCUCCCCCUCCUCCAUCUAGACGACCCAUAGUUUACCGACCAAAAGGGCGGUUUGGAAAGCCAAAUUUUUUUUCGUAUGAUUAUAACUAUGGUGAUUAUGAUUACGGAGAUCCCAAUCCCGCUACAGACCCACCAACUUCAUCAUCACAGCCACCUGCUCCACCUAUGACACCACCUCCACCACCAACCGCUCAGCCAGGACUUGAAGAAAAUCCUAUAUUAAGACCAACACAACCGCCACCGCCUGCAACCGAAGGGCCACCAGCGUCGGAAAAAUCGCCAUCAUCAGAACCGGAGCAACCGCCACCGCCGCCUCCGCCCCUUCAAACAUCUCCAGCACCAAGGCCGAGAGGACGGCCACCGCAACAAUUACGUAAUCAGCUGUUGUAUCAAUUUGCUGCACCUGAUGAUACCUCUACCAAUGAUGCGGAACCUCCGUCAGAACAACCACAAUCAACGCCCGACGAUCCGAAUGGGAACAGCCCUGGCGCUCCCGAUGCCGUUGAUGAUACCGGCGACUUUGCAGACUCUAGAGAUGUUUUUUCUCCUGAAAAUGCUUCAGAAGACUACAUUGAUGAUAACUCAAACGAUGCUAACAAUGACGGCCGCCAAUUCCUACAGCCUUCGCGUCUAGUGGACUUUGCUAACGACCCACCCCAGUCACCCGACUCAGCUCCGAUUUUUGAUACCCCAUUUCCAUCCAAUGGCGCGCCUUCAACACAGCCUGCGUCUUACGAAACACGGUUUCCAACCAAUCUUCAAUACCAACAUAGUUAUGGGUCAGCACUAUCCAGUAACAACCCCUUUUUUGAAGGUUUCAGUCCAGCUUACUAUCCGUCCUCGUCAUCACCGGAUUAUAAUUUACCUAUUUACUAA